GAUCUCUCUCACCCGCCACCACCGCCACCGCGAGCUAGUGGCCGCCGGCACCGAUCCCGGCGAUGCCGCCUCUCACGACUCCCAAGUCGGGCGACGCCCUCUUCGCCAGCGUCGAGCGCGUAAACGCGGAGCUCUUCACGCUCACAUACGGCGCUAUCGUGCGGCAGCUCCUCACGGAUCUGGAGGAGGUCGAGGAGGUCAACAAGCAGCUCGAUCAGAUGGGUUACAAUAUUGGAACUCGAUUGGUCGAUGAAUUCCUAGCCAAGUCAAAUGUAUCAACGUGUGUUGACUUCAAGGAGACUGCUGAUACUAUAGCAAAGCUUGGAUUCAAAAUGUUCCUGGGAGUGACUGCAACGGUAACCAAUUGGGAUGCUGAGGGUACAACAUGCAGCUUUGUAUUGGAGGACAACCCACUUGUAGAUUUUGUUGAGCUUCCUGAUACUUGCCAAGGGCUUCAGUAUUGCAAUGUUCUGAGUGGAGUUAUUAGAGGAGCACUGGAAAUGGUUUCCAUGAAAACAGAGGUCACAUGGGUCCGCGAUAUGCUUCGUGGGGAUGACGCCUAUGAGAUGCGAGUGAAGCUCACCAAGCAAGUCCCAGAGGAAUACCCCUACAAGGAUGACGACUAGUUUCUUCUUAGGGAUAGUUUAUGCCACACUGUGUUGCUCGUUUUACUUCCGUGUUGAGUUCCUGCGUGGCUGUAAUUUAGGUAUGACAUGAUUUUUACAUGAGGUACCUGUGCGUUAUAUUUUGCAGCUCUACUGUGUACCGUUGAUGUGUUUUAAAUAUAUUGUAUGUAUACUUUUACUGCUUUGGAUCAGUGAGAUAAAUU